UAUGGGUGGGGAUGCCCAGUAAUACAUACUAUAUAAAAUAUGAAAUGAUAACAUAUAAAAUGUAUAUUGCCAAUAUGUAGCAUUGGAUACAGUCCUGCAGACAUUUCAACUUUUUUGACUUUAAGAUAAUUUUUAUUAAUACAAAUUAAUAAUAAUGAUAAAAUUAAGCUAUUUCUUGUGUCGCAUUGGUCUUAAUAGAGUUAAAUUUAACAUGGAGCACCAUCAGCGUUUUGAAAAAUUGUUCUUAUUAUUUAUUCUUCAUACCCUGUAAUGGCGGGCUUGGUAUUUAAGUGUGCAAAUACUCUCACCAUUAAUAUCAAUCAUUUUCUUAUUAAAGUGCACUUCAAAUUGGGCAUCCCUCUCAUGUAUAUUAAAUGUUCAUUUAUUUAUAUCUUGCAUUUUAUUCCACUAAUAAUAGUCAAAGCAAUAGAAACUAAAUGUCAAGAAUUUGUCUUAAAAUGUGUGGAUGCAACUAUGUCACCAAUUCAUUAGCAGAAUUGAGUAUCAACAUACAUGCUAGAAGGAUGAAAUCUUACUACGAUUUGCUGGGGAUAAAGAUUGGAGCAUCCCAGGAAGAGAUUAAAGCAGCAUUUUAUGAGAAAUCGAAGAAGCUUCAUCCAGAUACUAGUUUUUCUACUGGGUCUGAUAAAGAUUUCAUGGAAAUUAAAGAUGCAUAUGAAACACUGAAAAAUACAGACUCACGGCAGCGUUACAACCAAUUUAUACACAGCGAUGAUAAAGGAGCUCAAAUUCACUCUAAUGUAACUUACCAACAUCAUCGAGAUGGUUUCGAUGAUUUCAUCAGCCGCCAACAUUUUAAAGAUGGUUACGACAAAAAAUACAAAUAUGAAAAUGAAGAAAAAUUUGAUCCAAUUUCACUUAUAUAUUUGGGGCUAUUCUGUGCUCUAGUGGGAGGCAUCAUAUAUGCUGAAAAAACACGAAGGAAAAACCAAGUCACCAAACAAGUGAAACGAUAUCUACCAGAACAAAAACAAGUUGGAAACCAUCAACAAAUACACUGGGUUGAACAACCAGCUAAAAGAAUUCCAAAGCAAAAGACAAUAAAAAAUGUCUCUGAUCCUCCUCCAAACCCAAUAUCAGACCUAAGAACAUGGAAGUGAAAUUUUGUUUCUAUUUUUUAAAGAAUAAUAAAUAAGUUUACGCACACAAAUAAAUAUAUUGGAACAUUGGA